UUAGUGCAUGUGCGUACGUUGUAGUAAUUCGUAUUAGCAUUCACCUUCAAAGACAUGGAAUUUAUUAUUGUGAUAACUGCAUUCCUAAUUAACUUUUCUGGAAGGACUUUCAGUCAGAAAUUGGAUAUUACUGCGUUUGAAUAUUCUAGGAAAGUACCAAGCAUAAGAGAUAAGGAACUUGGUCACUGUGUCAGCAAAGUAGAAGAAUUGUUCCGCGGGUCACCAAUAGAAAAGGGAUGUACUCUUCCGCCGAAAAGAGGGUCUACAAGGUACGUGUCCAAAGAACUAAAUGACACCAGGAACUUUGAAGUACAAAACCACAACGAUGUUUUUGUGUGUAUGGGAUUAUGUGAUGGUCAUGCGUCCUCUGUUCUCGGCUUGCUUCAUACCGGAGAUUGUUUGGCGGUUGAAAUUGCAGGAAAGCUAACGUUUGGUCCAAAGACAUUUAUUAAAGCAUAUGUAGAAUAUUACCGAAGUGGGAUAGAUUUUCUCCAAACAGAUGGAGUUUCUCCACAAGAAUUGCAGCAAUAUUAUAAUGGGAACUUCUUCCUCCGAGAUAGAAGUUACGGGACUAUGGAAGUAAUAAUUUUAGAGAUGAGAUAUGCAAAGAAGAAACAGGUCGAGACACUAAGGAGGAACCAAGGACACUUUCAGCGUUUGUCAUCAUUUAUAGAACACGCAGUCCGUGAUGUUGGGAAGCCUUCAUCAAUAAAGCUCGUCAGAUUAUCAACUGCGAAAGAAUUAUUGGAGCUUCUACGGUACAAGAGUAGGAAAUUGGAUGAUGUGUAUUCUAAAUUACGUCAGUAUGAAUCAGAUAUAUACCAUACUCGUGAAGACAUCAAACGACAACAUAUUAAACCUCAUCUCAGAUAUGGAAUGUACCCUUAUACUCAUGGUCAAGAAAAACUUGGAACAACUGCAAACCCUAGAGAAACAACAAAUUUUAACCGUAUGUUUUCUGACGGCCCUAAAUUUGAAAAAUGCUCGGAUGGUGCUUCACUACGAUCUACGGACCACUUAAAAUGGGAAAAGGCCUGCUUGUCUGAAGUAAAAGUAGACACAGCUCUUAGGAGACAAAGGAGAUUAGUCAAAAAGUGCAACAAAAUGCCAGUUGAACAAUGUGUUAGUCUUUCAAAGAUAAAGAAAAGUUUGAAAAAGGUUAAAGCUGAUAUUCAUUUACAAAGAUCAAAAUGGCAUCUAGUCAUAAACUCAGCAGAAGAGAAAACAAACUUAGCAAACAAAGAAACAAGACGGCUGUCCAAACAGCUCGGUACUAUCGGUAAGAAGAUAAAAGAACUGACAAGAAUUAAACAAAAAGAAAGAAAUAGUAGAAAAACAGGAAGAAAACCAAGGCGAAGGAGAAAACAGUGAAUAAAAGUGAUAACCUUCAAAAUGGUUUGUUAUGUCAAAAAAUAAAUGUAUUUAUGAAUAUCAUUGCUUCCCAGUCAAUAUGAAUUGGCUGAAGGGACCAACAUGUGUGAAUUAUAUAGAUACUGUACUAAAUACAUUUAUGUGAGAAUUUAUGAACUUUAUAUUCACUAUAUAAAUAAAGUAUUUGAAUAUGUGACAAAUAUUUCAAGAUCCCAUGGGUAUUAUACCUUUAAUAAAGUGAUGAUUUUACUGAACUCUGCAAGGGAAAGACACUAGACAAGAUGUCUAACAAUGACCACUACAAGACUUAAUUCUAUCAUAAAAAGAUUGUACAUACGAGUAAAAUAAAAUCUUUCAGAAUAUUCAUUGGUUAAAUGAUUAUAUAUUGUAAAACAUUUAAGCUAUGUACUGUUGAGGUAGAAAUAAAAUAAAUUAAUUCAA